AUGGUGUGGUUCGAACACCGCCACACCCUUUCCGAUAUUUCGACUACGCUUGUUGUUGCUCUCUCGCUGCUAACGCUGCUCUUCUUCCUCCUCCUCAUCGCGCAAACCUACAUCUUAGUCUUGAUCUACCGCCUGUUACGGACCGAGUCAGAGAAGCCCGAGUCCAAGAAGAAGCGGAUCUAA